UACAGGGUAGGAUGGGGCUCGCUAUGUGUUGCUGGAGGUGCAGCAUACUAUUUUGCGAAGAAGUCAAUCAACGAGGACCGCGCCAACCGAUUCGAAGCUGAGCAGAGACGAAGACGAAUCCAGGAAUCGCUCGAGUAUAGCGCAACCCACCCGCCGCACAGUUCCAAGACGAACGGAGGGCCUGCUCGAUCGGAUAGCACAGGAUCUCCAAGUCAAGAAGCAGCGUUAGAUCCAGCACCGACGAGGCAUGCACCGCAGACCGAGGAGCAGAGGGUCCGCGAGAAGAGCAAGUACGAGACGAGUGAACCUUUUCGAGCCAAAAAAGGUGACCGAUUCAGCUGA